UUCCUCCUCUCCAGAUUAUUUUAAACUCAGAGCCUCUGAGAAAACCAAAGCUUAAACUCUGAUUCGCAGAGAGCGAAUCCAAAAGAGAAACGCGAAGAACAGAAACAGCUCUGAUGAUGUUUUCUCCACAAAGCUUUUAACUUUGUGUGAUUAUUUAUCUCUCUCUCUUUACAUCCAAUCCCCCAGAGAUGGAUUCAUGACCAGAUCGAGAUCGAGAUGGAAUCUGGGAAAUCUGGGAUCUCGAAAGCUGGAAACUUUCCUUAUCCUCGAUGACUGAUUUGAUUAGGUUAAUUUGGUUUUGAAUCUACAAUCUGAAAUCCAAUUGGGUUUUGCGAAUUAGAUUCGAAAGUCCAAGACUUCAAAAGUCCCAAAGGUUGUAGCUUUUUCGAAAGACAUGUUGGAGAAUCGAUCACCAGAUUCUUGUUUGAGUUCAAGGCUCUUCUCAGAGGAGGAGGAAGAAGAUGAUGAUAAGCUCACCAAUGGCAAACGAGCUUUGGAGGAGGUUGUUGUUGGUGGUGGUGAAAUGAUCAGACCCACCAAGUCACUUAAACUAAUGGGUUUCAGUAUUACUUAUGACAACGGUGGUGAUUCAUCUGAUUCACAUUCUCUUUUCAACGAGAUUGGUAGAGACACCUCUAUAGACUGUCUCCUCAGAUGCUCCAGGUCUGACUACGCCUCCAUCGCUUCCUUGAAUAGGAACUUCCGCUCUCUGGUGAAGAGCGGAGACAUCUAUAAGCUAAGGAAGCAAAGCGGGUUCGUGGAGCAUUGGGUUUACUUCUCGUGCCAGCUCUUGGAAUGGGUCGCGUUCGAUCCGUUGGAGAGGAAGUGGAUGCAGCUGCCGACGAUGCCUUCUAGCGUCACCUUCAUGUGUGCGGACAAGGAGUCUCUAGCCGUCGGCACUGACCUCCUCGUCUUGGGGAAAGAAGGUUUCUCUUCUCACGUUGUGUAUAGAUACAGCCUUCUCACUAACUCUUGGUCUUCCGGUAUGGAGAUGAACGCUCCGAGGUGUUUGUUUGGAUCAGCGAGUCUAGGAGAGGUUGCUAUAUUCGCCGGUGGGUGUGACUCUCAGGGGAAGAUUCUUGACUUCGCUGAGAUGUACAACUCUGAGCUUCAGAGUUGGGUGACGCUUCCGAGGAUGAACCAGCCGAGGAAGAUGUGUUCAGGUGUUUUCAUGGACGGGAAGUUCUAUGUUAUUGGUGGGAUAGGCGGUGGUGCUGAGUCCAAGGCCUUGGCAUGCGGGGAAGAGUAUGAUUUAGAGACUAAGGAAUGGACUCCAGUCCCUGACUUGUCGCCUCCGAGAAGCCGUGCUGAGCAAGCUGCAGCCGAAGCGCCGCCUCUUGUCGCGGUUGUGGAUAAUCAGCUGUAUGCUGCUGAUCACGCGGAUAUGGAGGUGAGGAAGUAUGAUAAGGAGAAGAAGAAGUGGUUGACUAUUGGAAGGUUGCCUGAGAGAGCUGGCUCGGUUAACGGAUGGGGGCUUGCUUUUAGAGCUUGUGGGGAGAGGUUGAUUGUUAUAGGUGGACCAAAGCACUCGGGAGGGGGGUUUAUAGAGCUGAAUUCUUGGGUGCCGAGCCGCGGUGGUCCACCGGAGUGGACAUUGCUUGAUAGGAAACAUUCUCCUAACUUUGUGUACAAUUGUGCGGUGAUGGGUUGCUGAAGCAGCAACACUCACAUUUGAUCAUUGUUGAUGGGGUCAAAAAGACCCCAUUGAAGGUUUCAAGCUCCAACCUUUUCAUCUUCGUAUUUGUUUUUCUUACAAAAAAAUUCAAUUUGAAAUACAAUCAUCUCUGUAUUGUUAGAGACCAGAAAGGGUCCCAAAAAGAAAACUGAAACAGGUUAUAUAAUAAGUUGGUUAAAAGUUGAAGCUGUUUUUUUAGAGUUUGCCAGAUUUGGUUAACAUUGUUGUAUGUGUUUUUAAAUGUGUUUAUUUACUAAUAAUCUACCUUUUGAAAGUU